CAGGCAGCCUUGAUAUGACUGUAUUACACGUUUUGGCAUAUGUUAUGCUACAGUUAGAUAUCCCAAAGAGGAUUGACUCGUUGGGAUACGAUUUUCCUGUGUACCCAACAGAAAUUUGCCCAAUGACUGCCAAGGAAUGGUCUAAUGCAGCUAUUCAGUUAGAUUGCAACGAAACACAUGGGUAUCAUUGUGUCCCUGAUAAGAAUUUUUCAUCCCUUAUACAGUUUUGUUAUCCACGAGGAAGAAAUAUUCCUUUCCAAAAAGGUAAUUGUUUGGAACUCGCCUAUACUGGAAUCCUAAACCACGUAAAGUGUGGCCAUUUCAUUUAUGGUUGUCCAGAAAAGGACUAUUUCAGUAAUGAAAUUUAUCGGUAUCCGGCUUGCCUAAGAUUAGUUGCUAAAUGUUUUGCUGCAGAUCUAAAUUGUUUACGAAAACGAUUCACCAUGAUUGAUGGAAGAGAGAAGAACUCUACUUAUAAUCGUGAACAAUCACUCGAAGAAGAAAAUAAUGCGACGGGCUUCAUUGUUGCUGUUUUUUCUCUUUCGAUUUUGCUUUUAAUAUUGUGUGGAUUAGUUGCCAUACUAUGUCUGAACAUUCGUAAGCUACAAAGAGAAAGAAGCAUAGAUUCAGCGCUAAAAGAAG